AAAAAUAAUCAAUCAUUUAAAAUGACAAGAGAAAAGAGAAUCUAUCUUUAUACAUUAGUGACAAUAAUUGACACUAUUUAAAGUGGAACAAAAAAAAAAAAAAGAUAAUCGUUGUUAAAAAAAAUCAUACUAAUUUUUCAAUUGUCAAUUUCGAAAUUAGCAUGUCUGCCGAACUUGCUGUCGUUUACGCUGCUCUCAUCCUCGAAGAUGACAACAUCGAGAUCACUGCUGACAAGCUUCAAGCUCUCGUUUCUGCUGCCGGUGUUGAAGUUGAACCCAUCUGGUUCUCUCUCUACGCUAAGGCUCUCGCCGGUCAAGAUCUCAAGGCUCUUCUCUUGAACGUCGGUGCUCCUGGUGCUGCUCCUGCUGCUGGUGCCGCCGCUGCUGGUGGUGCUGCUGCUGCUGAUGCUCCUGCCGAAGAAGAAAAGGCUGAAGAAAAGGAAGAAUCUGAUGAAGAUAUGGGUUUCGGUCUCUUCGAUUAAACCAUUUCAACUUCGUCUAAUUAAAAAAUACAUUCACAACGUCAAAUUUUUUUAUUUUUAAUUGAAAUAGAAAUAAAGUUUGUUGUAAGGAUGAAAUUAAAGAAAAAAAAAGGAUCAGAGAAGAAGCAAUACU